AUGGCCGCAACAUACAACGCCUCGCACAUUGCCGCCGGCGAGCUGGCCAGCGACAUCCACCGCGCCCAGGUCGUCGAGGCGACGGGCAAGGAGGAUGUGGCGCCGAUCGGCCACUUUGAGCCGGGCGUCAAGGUCGACGCCGCCAGCGACGACGCCGACGGCCACCGCUUCCCGACCGACGAGGAGAUGAAGACGCUGCGCCGCGUGCCCGAGCGCGUGCCGUGGACGGCAUUCUGGAUCGCCAUGUGCGAGCUCUCCGAGCGCUUCAGCUACUACGGCACGGUGCAGGUGUUCCAGAACUUCAUCCAGCAGCCGCUGCCCGAGGGCUCGACGACGGGCGCGAGCCCCAACGGCCAGGCCGGCGCGCUGGGCCGCGGCCAGACGGCGGCGACGGGCCUGACGACGCUCAACACAUUCUGGGUCUACACGACGCCGCUCAUCGGCGCCUACCUCGCCGACACGUACUGGGGCCGCUUCAAGACGAUCAACAUUGCGGUCUGGAUCGCCAUCGUGGGCCACAUCAUCCUCAUCAUCAGCGCCAUCCCUGCGGUGAUCGACAAGCCGGACGCGUCGCUGGGCAUCUUUUCCGUCGCGAUCAUCAUCAUGGGCAUCGGCACGGGCUUCUUCAAGUCGACGGUGUCGCCGCUGAUUGCCGAGCAGGUGGCGGGGCAGCGCAUGAGCGUGCAGCGCCUGCCGUCGGGCGAGGAGGUCAUCGUCGACCCGGCGCUGACGGCCGGCCGCAUCUUCAACUGGUUCUACGCCGCCAUCAACAUCGGCGCCGUGCUGGGCCAGGUGUCGAUGGUGUACGCGGAAAAGUACGUCGGCUUCUGGCUCUCGUACACGCUGCCGACGAUCGUCUUCUUCCUCAACGUGCCCAUCCUCUACUUUGGCCGCAAGAAGUACAUCCGCACGCCGCCGGCGGGCAGCGUGCUGGCGCAGGCGCUGCGUGUGCUGCGCGAGUGCCUGCGCGGCCAGUGGUCGUGGAACCCGGUGACGUUCAUGUCGCGCGUUAGCGGGCCCGAGUUCUGGGAGCAGGCCAAGCCGAGCCGCCGCGCCGAGGGCACUGUCGGCCCCAACGGCCAGGUCAACGGCCCGAUGCCCGCGUGGAUGCAGCGCUUCGACGAUGCGUGGGUCGACGAGGUGUCCAAGGGCUUCAAGGCGUGCUACGUGUUCCUCCUCUUCCCCUUCUACUGGAUCUCGUACAACCAGAUCAGCAACAACCUCGUGAGUCAAGCGGCCAAUCUACGCAAGAACAACGUUCCGAAUGAGAUCGUCUCGAACCUCGACCCGAUCUCGAUCGUCAUCCUCGUGCCGCUGUUCGACCUCGUCAUCUACCCCGCGCUGCGCCGUGCCGGCAUCAACUUUACGCCGCUGAAGCGCAUCACCGCCGGCUUCAUCACCGUCGCGCUGGGCAUGGUGUGGGCGGCGGUGACGCAGCACUACAUCUACGAGCGCUCGGCGUGCGGCAACAUGCCGUCGGCGCAGGCGUGCCUCGACGCGACCAACGGCGAGACGGACAUCAGCGUGUGGACGCAGGUGGGCGCGUACGUCUUUGUGGGCCUCUCCGAGGUGUUUGCGAGCGUCGUGGGCCUCGAGUACGCAUUCACCAAGGCGCCCAAGAGCAUGCGCUCGCUGGUGAUGAGCGUCUUCCUCUUCACCAACGCCAUCGGCUCGGCGAUCAACCAGGCCUUCCUGCCGCUCACCGUCGACCCGCGGCAGGUGGCGCUGUACGGCGUGCUGGCGGGCCUCUCGUGCGCCGCCGGCCUGCUCUUCUUUGCCACGACGCGUAGCCUGGACCGCGACGAGGACAAGAUGAACAACCUCGCCGCCGGCCACAUCUCGGCAAAGGGCAUCCUCGCCGAGCCGCAGGAUGCGGCGCACGAGCACCACAAGGACCUCGGCGUGACGGAGAAGCACUAG